AUGUUUUGCUUUAGCAACUUUCACUCAUCUCAACUGGCUGCGCAAGGGGCACUAGCGUGCGUGCCUCCGUGCAUGCAGACGGAGGCACAACGCACCAUCGUGCGUGCACAGAGGUACGCUGCGCACGGAGGCACAGCGUGUCUCUGUGCUGGUGCCCCAUGCGGCCAACAUUCGCGAUUCGAACUGGUCGACGAUUUAGAGCAAGAAGAAUGUUACUGGGUUUUUCCCUUUUCAAAGUCUUGGAUGAAGGCAAGCUAUCCAAAGUUGAGUUUUCGCUGCAAAUCAGAAGAAAUCAAAGAAACGGUGAUGGCGAAGGGUCCAGGCCUCUAUCCUGAAAUUGGCAAGAAAGCAAGAGAUCUUCUUUAUAGAGACUACCAGGGUGACCAUAAAUUCACUCUUACUACUUACGCCUCAAAUGGAGCGGCUAUUACUUCAUCUGGGACCAAGAAAGGUGGAUUACUUUUAGCUGAUAUAAACGCUCAGCUGAAGAACAAUAAUAUCUCAACUGAUGUAAAAGUGGAUACCAACUCCAAAGUUUACACGACCAUCACUGUGGAUGAGCCUGCUCCCGGAGUGAAGGCUAUUUUUAGCUUCAUCGCUCCAGAUCUAAACUCUGGCAAGGUGGAGCUUCAGUAUUUGCACGAGUAUGCUGGAAUAAGUACUAGCCUUGGGCUGACUGCAAAACCCAUUGUCAACUUUUCUGGUGUUGCUGGGAACAAUCAGGCUGCCUUUGGGACUGAUAUCUCAUUUGACACCGCUACUGGGAAUUUCACCAGAUGCAAUGCUGGAGUUAGUUUCACCACCUCCGACCUGAUUGCAUCCUUGAAUUUUAAUGACAAAGGAGAAACGCUUACUGCAUCCUACUUCCACACAGUAAGCCCAUUGACCAAUACAGCAGUUGGAGCUGAGUUGACCCACAGCUUUUCAAGCAAUGAAAACAGUCUCACUAUUGGGACGCAACAUUCGUUGGAUCCUUUAACCGCAGUGAAAGCUCGAGUUAACAACUGUGGUAAGGUAAACGCUCUUAUACAGCAUCAAUGGAGUCCAAAAUCCCUUGUCACGAUCUUGGGCGAAGUGGACACGAGGGCAAUAGAAAAAAGUGCCAAGAUUGGAUUGGCUGUCGCGCUUAAGCCAUGA